AUAAGUGAAAACUCCAAAGCUAAGAAAGUUUCUCGAAGGCACCAGUCAGCUAAAUUUAUAGAUUAUACGUCAACAAUCUAUGGCGAGAUUGAAGUGAAAAUGAUUGAAGCAUGUGGUUAGCGUUACUGCUCAGGUAACUUUUUUGUUUUGUGGUGGGAGAAGAUGCGCUGAAGACUUGAAUACGUGUAGAAUACGGAUUGAUAUCAACUGAGGGUUUUUCUCCUAUUUGCGGGUGACGGAUACGAUUUUCCAACUUAUUAUCUUUUUAUCGUUUUGUUUAUAGUUAUCAGUGGUAUUUAUAUAUUAUAUAUGUAACUUUUGGCAAAGAUGCUGGCACGAAAAAGCAUAAUACCCGAGGAAUUUGCCCUACCGGCACUUGCGUCGCGUAUGCCCCGAAAACCUGUCUUCAGAGACCGAGUUAACAAAGCGCGUUUUAUCGCAAAAAAUGGCUCUUGCAACUUGGCACACAAGAAUAUUCGUGAGCAGGGUCGGUUUCUUCAAGAUGUAUUCACAACUUUGGUAGACCUUAAAUGGCGCUUCACACUGGUCAUCUUCACGAUGACGUUUCUUUGUAGUUGGUUACUUUUUGGCAUGGGUUGGUGGCUUGUUGCUUUCGCCCACGGAGACCUGGACCCUCACCGCGGAUCCGGCAUCGAUAAAUGUGUCACUGCUGUUACAUCUUUUACUUCCGCCUUCCUCUUCUCCAUCGAGGUCCAAGUCACCAUCGGCUUCGGCGGGCGCAUGAUCACGGAGCAGUGCACGGCAGCCAUCACGGUCUUGAUACUGCAGAACAUCGCGGGCCUGAUCAUCAACGCUGUGAUGCUCGGCUGCAUCUUCAUGAAGACGGCACAGUCGCACCGCCGCGCCGAGACGCUCAUCUUCAGCCGCCAUGCCGUCAUCGCUGUGCGCAACAACCGCCUCUGCUUCAUGAUUCGUGUGGGGGACCUGCGCAAAAGCAUGAUCAUCGGCGCCUCAGUGCGGCUACAGGUGGUGCGCAAGACCACCACACCCGAAGGGGAGGUCAUCCCCAUCCACCAGAUCGAGGUGCCGACCGAGAGCGCUGUGGCCGGGAACAACAUCUUCCUCCUCUCGCCACUCGUCAUCUGCCAUGUGAUCGACAAGAACAGCCCACUGUACGACCUCUCGGCCAUGGAGCUGCAGUGCAGCGACCUGGAAGUGAUCGUGAUCCUGGAGGGCGUGGUGGAGACCACAGGCAUCACAACGCAGGCGAGGACGUCCUAUGUGACGGAGGAGAUUCAGUGGGGACACCGCUUCGUUCCCAUCGUGACGGAGGAAGAGGGCGUGUACUCGGUGGACUACUCCAAGUUCGGGAACACUGUGAAGGUGGUGACGCCACGAUGCAGCGCCCAAGAGCUGGACGAGAAGCCUUCCAUCCUCAUCCAGACGCUGCAGAAGAGUGAGCUGUCGCACCAGAACUCACUACGCAAGCGCAACUCCAUGCGGCGCAACAACUCCAUGCGGAAGGUCAAUGCCACCACCGGAAUGCGCCGGAACAACUCCUCGCUCGCCGUGCCUAAGGUGCAGUUCUUCACACCCGAGGGGAACCAGAAUGUGGCCGUCACAUGACAUGAGGCCUCCCCAACGCCGCAGUCAACGCCGAUACCGCUGUGGCUCAGCAGAGGUUCACUCCUACACACAUUUGGGGUGCCCCCCACCCGCAAACGACUCUCGUUAUCACUGCACCCACUCUUUACACGUAUACUCAUAAUUUCCUCUUAUAUCAAAGGAAAUUCAUAGCACACAUUCACCUGCCUGAGGGGGAAAAAGUUUUCACUACUAAUACAAACGACACAUUGUUCAUUCACACUCAUAAGCCCAUACAUCUCACCAUGUUCUUUCACUGCUGUAAAAAUGAAUGUUGUUUUGGCAUUAAAAUGACACUAAAUGAGAAAACACA